GUGUGUGUGAAUGUCUCAUAGAGGAUUAGAGGAUGCUGCCCCUUGCUGGCCGCCAGGCUGCAGAUGAUGCUGCCGUCCCGUUCGCUUCAGGUUCACACAGGAAGUGCAGAACUGCUUUCUCAAGAGUUUUUGUUGCAGAGUAGCUGAGAGGCGACCAGAGCGGCGGUGCAGAGGUGGAAUCAAGAACAUGAUGGGGUUGCAAAUCUUUAUCCGACUCCUGCCGCUCACAUGUCUGCUCCAAACUGGUGUGAGGAGUGCGAAGGAUUCGGUGUUUGUUUACAGCCGAAUUGGAGACGUCGUCCUGCUGCCCUGCACCAAAUCCACCUCAGCCUCAGCCGGCUGCUCCUCCAUCACCUGGACCUUCUUCAAAGGCGGCCAGGUCCGUUACACCGAGGAGGUGACCGGAGGGCGGGUCAACCCCAACUCGGACAAAUCCAACAGAACCACCGUCACGUCCAACUGCUCCCUUGUCCUCAGCGACCUCAUCGUGGAAGACGCGGGUUCGUACGUGUGUCUGGAGAACAAGGAGGCGGUCACCGACGUCUACUUGUCCCUGCUGAGCGUCAGCUUGGGUUCGCCGAUCACGGAGCUCCGGCCUGGAGGGAACCUCUUCCUCACCUGCAUCCUUUUCACCUACUACGACGCAGGCAGCUGCAAGCCGUACUCCAACGUGUUCAGGGUCAACUGGCUGGAUGAGGACGGAAAGCAGCUGCACAAAGACGACAGAAGGUACAAGCUGACUGAAAACACUCGGUGCAAUGUCACUCUACUCAUAAAGCUGCAAGCGGAGGACAACAACAGGAAGUGGAGCUGUCAGGUGGACACCACAAAGAACAGUAAAGUGACAUUUCUGGACUUCAGAUUCUCCUUUCUGUUUCAAAACGCCCACCUGGACCAGACUGUGAAGCCGCUGGUCACAGAGGAAUGUCCUGCAGAGCUGCCCAUCAGCCGGAUCGUUCUGUGUGCGGUUCUGCCGCUCUUGGUGUGCAUCGUGGGAUUCUUCACAUGGAAAUCAGACCACAAGAGAGCAAAGACCUCAGCUGCUGUCAUCGAGCUGCAGGAUGUUUACUGACUGACUGUACUGAACCAUUUGCUGCAAAGAAACUGUAAAAUGCAGAAUGGGUGUUUGACAAUCCACCUAAAGUGAAGAAAAUAGACAAUUUUCUCUUGACACACUGUAAGAACACAAUUUUACCAAGUAUUUCUUGUGUAGUUUAUAUGAAAUAAGACAAAGCUGACUUAAAAGUAACUUUUCAGC